GUCCAGCCAAGCUACAGGUUGAAAAGCUGCUUUUGCUCGGCAGACACGAGCUGUCCGAGGAAAGUUUAUAUGGACUAUAAUGCAACCACUCCCCUAGAGCCAGAAGUUAUCCUGGCCAUGACCGAGGCCAUGCAGGAAGCCUGGGGAAAUCCCAGCAGUCCAUAUCCAGCAGGUAGAAAGGCCAAGGAUAUUAUAAAUACAGCUCGGGAAAACCUUGCGAAGAUGAUAGGUGGAAAAUCUCAAGACAUAAUCUUCACUUCUGGGGGCACCGAGGCAAAUAAUUUAGUUAUCCAUUCCAUGGUGAAAUAUUUCCAUGAAAACCAAACCUCUAAGGGGGACAUGGCUGAGCAUCACAGCCCAGUGCAGGGGGCCAAGCCCCAUUUCAUCACCUGCACGGUGGAACACGACUCCGUCCGUCUGCCCCUGGAGCACCUGGCAGAAGAACAAGUGGCUGUGGUCACCUUUGUCCCAGUGUCCAAGGUGAAUGGGCAGGCAGAAGUUGAUGACAUCCUUGCGGCCAUUCGCCCAACCACGUGCCUCGUGACCAUCAUGCUGGCCAACAAUGAGACUGGUGUCAUCAUGGCUGUCCCUGAAAUCAGUCAACGCAUUAAGGCCCUGAACCAGAAAAGGGCAGCUUCUGGGCUGCCUCGCAUUCUUGUGCACACAGACGCUGCACAGGCAUUGGGGAAAAGGCGUGUGGACGUGGAGGACCUGGGUGUGGACUUCCUUACGAUUGUAGGGCACAAGUUCUAUGGUCCCAGGAUUGGUGCACUUUACGUACGAGGGCUUGGUGAACUUACCCCUCUAUACCCUAUGCUGUUUGGAGGUGGACAAGAAUGGAAUUACAGGCCUGGGACAGAGAACACCCCAAUGAUUGCUGGCCUUGGGAAGGCCGCGGAGCUGGUCACCCAGAACUGCGAGGCUUACGAGGCCCACAUGAAAGACGUUAGAGACUACCUGGAGGAGAGGCUGGAGACUGAAUUUGAUAAGAGAAUCCAUUUGAAUAGCCAGUUUCCAGGGACUGAGCGGCUUCCCAAUACCUGUAACUUUUCCAUCCGGGGACCCCAGCUUCAAGGCCGCCUGGUGCUCGCACAGUGCCGGACGCUGCUGGCCAGUGUGGGAGCCGCAUGCCACUCGGACCAUGGGGACCGGCCGUCCCCAGUGCUGCUGAGCUGUGGCAUCCCCUUCGAUGUGGCCAGGAACGCGCUCCGGCUCAGUGUGGGCCGCAGCACCACCAGGGCCGAUGUGGACCUCGUCGUGCGGGACCUGAAGCAGGCUGUGGCCCGGCUGGAGGGCCAGGCCUAGAGCCGGGGGCUGCCCUGCCACGCAGUGAGGACACAGCCCGGCCACUUCGCUCAUAGGAAGCGCUUUGCAGGCGCCAGCGCUCACCUCCGUCCCCUCCUGGGGGCAGCUCCACAGUGACCGACUUCUCUCUCCAUUUUCAUUCUGUGCUGCAGUGUCUGAGUGCUGGGCAGUUUGUGCGUGUGCCCUGGGCUUGCUCCCCUGGACACAGUGUGCCUGCACACAGACCCCGUGCAGUCCUCACACACUCAGGACACCAAUGCCCACCUAGGACCGUUCUGUCCCCUGCUGCCAAAUGGCGCAGGUUGAAGUGGAAACACUUGGGCCACGUCCGCACUCCCCUCUGGGGAUUGGGCAAGCCCGUUGUGAGCACACUUCCUGGAAGGUGGUGUUUUUAUGCGGAAUAUAAAAUUCAUGUAUUUAUAAUUCAUUGUCAGUUGAUGGCCAUGAUGAAAAUAGGAAACUUGAUUUUUUUGCUUUGAUUGUGGCCUCCCACGCACACAUUUGCUGAUGGGCCGCCCCCAGGGCCCUUCCCAAGCCCCGUCUCAGUGCUGCCUCUGUCAGCCCUGCCACACCGUCCUUCUCUGACCUCAGUGUACGGUGACCCCAGCUGAGUGGUGGCUGCCUCAGGCCGCGCCCUGCUCUCUGCUCAGUGGCCACUGCCCUUCCCACAUCACCGACCUCGUCCACAUCAGGACGCAUUCCUGGCAGAUGAGCACCUGUCCUACCCGCCAUCCCUUGGUGCCGUAGGUCACCGUGUGCUUCCCCACCCAAAGGCACCCAGGCCUCUCCCCUUUCUCCUUUGAUCAUUUACUCAGGGUUUCAAUUCCAAAGUCGUUGGGUCAUGGGGCAGCCGGUGCUCCUGGGAUUCUGGGUCAUUCCUGUGGUGGGAAAUCAGAUCAUCCCUAACUCAACUUUCAUCUUAACUUUAUUUGCAAAAGGAUUCUUUUAUCUUCAUAAAAUGUCUUGCAUUCUGACAUACAUCAAACAUCAAUAUUUACAUAGGAGUGAUUAUCAAUGGAAUAUGUAAUGUGUGGUUUUAAGUACAGAGAACUACAUGGUGACAUUGAGGACAUAAUUGUCAGAAAUUAACUAAUAAAAGAUUUCCGUGCUUGCUCA